AUGACUGCUUACACUAUUGAGACGGAUGUCUGUCUGUUUGAUUUAGAUGGUACUAUCAUCACUACAAUCGUCGCUGCUGAAGAAGCUUGGACAAAACUUUGUAAACAACACAAUGUCGAUCCACAGGAAUUGUUUAAAAUCUCACAUGGUACAAGGACAGUAGAGGUUUUGGCUCAAUUUUUCCCAAAUAUUGAUAAUACAGACAAUAAAGGUGUUCAUCUAUUAGAGGCUGACAUUGCUGAUAAUUAUCUUGAUACUAUAGGUGUCAUUGCUGGUGCCCGAGAAUUAUUACUGGCAUUGGACAGAGAUCCUCAGGAUAAAUCAGUUAAUUUCAAACAAGAACAUAAAAGAAAAUGGGCUAUUGUCACCUCGGGUUCACCAUAUAUGGCUACAUCUUGGUUCUCCACUAUCUUAAAGGAUAUUGGGAAACCUGAUGUUUUUAUCACUGCUGAAAAUGUCUCAGUUGGGAAACCUGACCCUGAAGGUUAUACAGCUGCAAGAGAAUUAUUGAGCAAGACUUGGAACUAUAAGAGUCCUUGUAAAUCUGUAGUCUUUGAAGAUGCUCCAGUUGGAAUUAAGGCGGGAAAGGCAAUGAAUGCUGUGACUAUUGGAAUCACUUCUUCUUAUAGCAAAGAAGUCUUGUUUGCUGCAGGUGCAGACUACGUGGUUGAAGAUCUUACUCAUGUGACAGUCAUCGAAAAUACAGAAAAAGGUCAUAUAAAAUUACAAAUCAAAGAUCCUAUGAUCAGAUAA